CCCUGGCAUUAGUUACCUUCUAUCUCUCCCUCCAAAACAAUCAAACAGAGAAAACAGAGAAACACUGAAAGUCAAUCACACACUCACAAAACUGCCACUGAAUUGAAGCCCACUAAAAACUCCCAGAAAAAUGGAUGGUUCUGACAAUGGUUUCUCAUCAUCAACCUCUAGCAAACCUUCUCCAAUUCAGAAAUUCUCACAAAUUGGAGAAUCAGAUGAAAAUUGCCUAAACUAUGAUAAAAUGGUCUGGCAGAACCCAAAGAAGCCACCAACAAAGCAUUUCAUGUCACCAACCAUAUCUACGGCUUCCAAGGCAGCUACUCCAAGAAAGAAAAUCUUGGCCGAGAGAAAUGAAGAAUCUUUGAUUUUUUCCAAUACCCAUCAUCAAAAAGCCCCAAAUCUUGAUUCAAGAAGUUUUUAUGUCAAUCUGGGUGUUGAUGGUUCUGAUCGAUCUUCGUCUCCGCUAAUGCCAGUGUACAAUAGGGUCUCUGAAUCCGAUGAGGAUUAUGAGCAGAACAGUUUUGUUUCAGAUUCAUCAUCGAAACCUUAUGAUCCCUUGAGGAAUUACCUUUCCCCAAGGCCUAAGUUCCUCCGGUACAAGCCAAAUAGGCGGCGCGAGAUCUUUCUUGGCCAAGAAAAUGAGAGGGGAGAAAGGAAAGAAGAUGGGUAUGGUGUCAAGAGAAAUGUUGUUUCUUUUGAUUUCCAGAGAAAAGAAGACUCAUCAUCAGAGGAUGCUCGCAGCCCCUCGGCUUCUUCUUCUCAAGAUGGUUUUGUAAGAAAAGAAGAUGAUGAUCACAUUAUCAAGAAAAGUGAUAAUUCUGAUGAUGCUGAUGAGGAAUUUGAAGAGUUUGAAGGGGAUGAGGAGGAGGGAAAGUGUUUGAAUUUAAAAGCAGCAGUGAAGUUUUUUCUUGUAUUUGUCACUCUCUUCCAUUCUACCUUGUUCAUAUCUUCUAUGAACUCACCUACACCUUCACCCACCCAACAAGCGAUAUCGGGUCUCAAAAACCGGUAUGAUAAAAUUCACAAUCAUACAUUUGAACUUGCCACUGUCAAGCUUUUUGAAGGAAAAGGGACUAAAAUGGCUGAUGGGUUUGAGAAAGGAUUGUUGGAAAGUACUGAUGAGUUGGGUGAAGAGAUGCAAAUUGAGCAAAGUAAAGCUGUUUGUGCUCAUGAAUUGGAUGAAGCAGAAGAGGAGGUUCCUGAAACUGCUAAUGGUGAAGAAGAUGUUUAUGAUGAAGAAUUGGAGAAGAAAGAGGGGGAUGAAACUGCAGAAAGUGAUUAUUAUGUUGAUGAUCACAACACGGAGACAAUAAUGGAGGGUUCUGAUCAGUUGAAUGGGACUGAAACUGAAGAAAUUGCAGAAAAGUUUGAAUCUUCAUCAAAUUCUGAAAAUGAGGCAGAUGGGUGUUCAAGUAUCAAGGAUGAACCAAUAGAAGAUGAGGCAAAAAUUGAAGCAAUCCAAGGAAUUUCAAUUGAUGGAGAGAGCAAAAUGGAACACUCAAAAACUGAAUUGAUUCAGGUAACAGUCAUAGGAAUUGUCUUAUUUUUCAUGAUCAUUGCAACUUCAGUCUUGGGAUUUCAUUUUAGGCACAAGAAAACCUAUGUGAAUCAAUCUGUGUCUAUAGAAAAGCAGCUUCCUAAAUCUGUUUUAGCAGAGAAAACCAAAACCGGCUCAGUAGAAGAGCCAGUACUACCUCCCAAUAUGGAAGAACAUGUUGAGAAAGUUGAGUCUUUCGCGAACGCUUCACAUUUGAUUCACUCGAUUGAGGAAUCUUCGAAGGACUUUUACCAAAUCCGAGCGCCAACAGUGGAGUUGCUAGGAGAGUUAGUGGUUGGAGAGAGCAACAAUUCUGCUUCUCAAGAGAACGAGAUGAUGAGGAGCAAGGCUCGCACAGUUUCUAGCCAAGCACAGGCGUCUGCCUCAGAGUUUUCGAGUACGAAUUCACCUUCUUAUGGAAGCUUUACUGCUGAAAAGAAGAUUUUGAGAAGAAGAGAGGAUGGAGAAGUGAAGACAGUAGUUGUUACAAAAACUCCAGUGAGGCGAUCCAGCCGAAUCCACAACCGAGCAGUAAUGUCUCCAUGAAUCAUCUACCAGCUUUUAGGUUAUUGUUUUUUGAACCUUGCAACUUUGAAACACCAUCUUUUGCUGUUUCAUGAUUCAGGGAUGUGUUCUGUCUGUGUAGGAAAAAACUGAACUGUCUUUUUAUAAAUUUAAAUGAAAGAUCCAGCAUUGUAUUUUUAUCUUUAUUUUAAAACUAAUUCUUAAUUAACUAAUUCUUAAUUACAUUUAUUAAAUUUAGGAUUGAGUUUGUCUCCUAUUUAAGGUUUGAACUGUGAAUCGAGCAGUCUGAGCAUCAUGAUUGUGACCCUAAUAUUGGGCGUGUGAUUGAGUGGAUGGAAAAAUUCUAGGCCUAUGUUUGCCACAAAAAAAUACUCAUCACAAUUUCGGUGCUUAGACUGCUCAGUCCAGUUUAAACCUCCCUCAGCCUUCAAUAAAAUGAAGAAUGCAAGUGUUUUUGGAGGUUUGUGACUCUAAUAGGUGGGUCAGUUUCUUUAAACUCAAAAGUAUUGCUUUUUAUUUUUAUUCUAUGUAGUAUUAUGGUCGGUUUUUUUCUUAUGAUUUCUUCAAAUUUUCAGAUCAGUAGAAGCAUGUAUUGUGUGAAUACAAUGACUUGCAAUUAAAAAGAUUCUAGUAGUUCUCUAAAUUUA